AUGCGCUGGGCGCUCUCGACUACUGGUCUUGCUCUUCUGUACGCUGCAGUAAGCGCCAAUAGCUAUGAAGGAUCCCAGCAAGUCUUAGGUGGCACAGCAUCCACCGUCAACGAGGAUGCCGAAGUAAAGACGUUGCGGCUACGCCACAUCCACCAUGCCGGCUCCUACCGCUAUGCUGGCCUACAUCUUACCAUGGAAGCCGAGAAUUUAACAACUUCGGUAUCAGGCCUCGACAUCGGAGAUCUAGGUGUCAAGACGACGGAAAUGGCUAUCGAGCGGCUCACUCACCGCGACCCUUCAGAAAUCGACGCUCUCUUGGCCCAGUCCAUCUCCCCGUCUUGGACAAUUGAUUCAAUCCAUGCGCCGAACGUCUCGGACAAGCAGACGGUCCUCAGCUUCGCUCGAAUGUCGGCGAAUGCGUACUACGAGGGCGUCAACCGGACGGGGUGGAAGUGGAAGGAUAUCAGCCCCGGGUACAACUAUACGCUGGACUUUGGGUGGGAGGAGGAUGGGCUGAGAGGGCAUGUAUUUGUUGAUGGGAGCAAUGAAAGUGUUGUUUUGGCGUUGAAAGGCACCUCCGUCCCUUGGCUCGACGAUCCGACCACGACCCACCGGGACCUCCUCAACGACAAUCUCUUCGGGUCCUGCUGCUGUGCUCGAGGUGGAUCACUCUUCUGGCAACCGGUCUGUGACUGCAAAGUCUCGAGAGGCACCUGCAACACCACUUGUCUUGAGCACGAACUACGCAACAACUCAAACUACUACUCCGCCGCCCGCAAAAUCUUCGACUCUGUACAAAGCCAUUACCACGACUCAGAAAUCUGGCUCACGGGCCAUUCUCUCGGCGGAGUAGUAGCCAGCAUGCUAGGCCACACCUACGGCGCCCCAACCCUCACCUUCGAAACCUUCCCGGAAGCCCUCGCGGCCUCUCGUCUCGGCCUACCCACACCCCCAGGCCACCACGUCGGCAAAUCCAGCACCUCCCCCUCUUCGCAUAUCUUCCACUUCGGCAACACGGCCGACCCGAUCUUCAUGUCCUCCUGCAAAAGCAGCCUGUCCUCAUGCAGUCUUUGGGGUUAUGCGUUUGAGAGUCAGUGUCAUAGUGGGAGGAGGUGUGUUUAUGAUACGGUGGGGGAGCUGGGGUGGUGGGUUGAGGUGAGGAAUCAUGGGAUUGAGAGGGUUAUUGCGGGGGUGUUGGAGAAGUGGGAGGGGGUACCGGAGUGUGUGGUUGUGGAGGGGUGUGGGGAUUGUGAGGGGUGGGAGUUUGUUUAA